AUGGCCUGGCUGAGAAAGAAGAAGCCCAACCCCGAGGACGGCGAUUUCCCAAGCAUUCCUAGGCAUUACCAUGAUCAAGAAGGAAAAUCAUUGACGAAGUCAAUAAAACUCUCCCCUAAUCUACAAUGGAGUAGGGGUGCGACGGUUAUCAGGUCACGACUGUAUCUUUUGCAUACCUCCUCACAGAAUACAUAUGAACUGCGCGAAAAACACGAAACGACCGAAUUUGUCUCACAUCCAACAUGGCCUACUGAAAUGGUAGUCAACUAUGUCCAUGUUGUUGGAACUGCAAGUUCCCCUCCUGCUUUUCAGGUUCGAACCAAGCCUCCGUUCAUCAAGGUCGCAAAAGAGAGGCACAAAUGUGUUGACCUGGUAGAGCAUCUACUAAAGCAUGCACUCUCUGACCACGGAGCUGCCACAAAGCCGAAACAACCCGGUUGGUCUCGUGAAUCAGACGUGGUCGUAUCAUUGCCUAGUGGUAUCUCCAAGUCGGCUGAAAUAUCAGUCGUUGAUGCUCUGAAUCGCAUGGUUCAAAGGGUCAUGCCCAAGGUUAUUGGGGAGACCCAGGUCUACUAUGUGUCGAAACCAGACCUCCGACCUUUCGAAGAUGACACACGGAGGAACCUUGACACCAACUUUAAGGCAGGUCCACAGAAUUGGGAUCUCACGACCGGAGAUAUGAAAUUGAUGGUUCGUGUUUCAAACCCGUUCAAGAAGCCCAAAGGUUUGCUAGCUGCCUUUCAUAAAUCACUGGUCGACCUAGGACUUCAAGUCGGUAUUCGUUUGAUAGAUCCGACAGUGGAAACAGGCGCUUUCGGUGCUGUAUUAUGGCGAAUCGCACACAUUGCCGCAUCAAGCGACCAGCUUAACGAAGGCGAUGUCCGGCCAGUUCGAGAUAUAAAAUGCAUGACGAACAUGGGAACUAGCCUGAGUACUCCGAGGUCUACUGAGUCAGAGCUGGGGGGCUCAUAUAGCAGUUCGCUUGAACCCUCGCGUUUCAAGCCGGAGAGAGGUUCUAGGUCUACCUCAACAAGAGAAUUCUCAGUAGAUUUCAUGCUCGGUCCUCUACCCUGGUCCUCGCGUGCUACGCUCCCCGCUACUCCAUCUGCUGGUAGCUAUGUGUCGGUUCGCCAGGCUAAUAUCACACGAUCCCUAGAGAAUGUUGCAGGCCCUUCAGUUGUAUUGGGUCUUCUGGAAGAUGGGACGGGACCCCAAAUAUUUCCACCAGCAUAUAUUGCGAUACAUGAACAUCGUGGUUGA